AUGGUGAGGGGUGCUGAUAACAUGGUUCCAAUGGAGUUAGCUCUGAAAAUUGCAAACAAGAUCAAUGAAAAUGAACGGUUUUCCGUCUAUGUUGUCAUACCAAUGUUUCCGGAGGGGCCUCCAACUAGUAAUGCUGUGCAGGAAAUCUUAUUCUGGCAGGGACAGACAAUGUCUAUGAUGUACGGCAUUGUUGCGGAUGCCCUUAAAAGAAAAGGAUCUGAGAUGUUCUUUGUUAGGUACUUGGAUAUUAGUUAUUCUGUUGGAUUGAGCAUGGUGCUCAGCCAUCAAUAUUUAGAUGAAUGCAGGGGCCUAAAGAUCCAGGAACAUAGAACUUGCAAAGCAUCGGUUUACAAAUAUAGACGUUUUAUGAUUUAUGUUCAUGCCAAAGGAAUGAUAGUUGAUGAUCAAUUUGUAAUCCUGGAUCUGCAAAUAUUAACCAAAGAUCCUUGGACGGUUCAAGGGACACAGAAAUUGCUAUGGGUGCCUAUCAGCCUCAAUAUACAUGGGCAAGAAAAAAUUCUCAUCCACACGGUCAGAAUGUCACUCUGGGCUGAGCACCUUGGUGGUCUUGAGGAUACUUUCAAGGAACCAGACAGCCUCGAAUGUGUUCGACGUGUGAAUGAAAUUGCCCAGAGCAACUGGAACACAUAUGUAUCUGAGAAAGAGAAGCAGAUGAGGGGACACCUAAUGCUGUAUCCAGUUCAGGUUGGCAAUGAUGGAAGAGUCAGUGCCUUGAAAGAUUGGGAAAACUUCCCUGAUGUUGGUGGUAAAUUCUUGGAUCACACAACUCUCUUCCUGAUACGCUAA